AUGGCACAACAAGAAAAAGACUUGUCUGUUAUGAGUGCUGGCAGAAGCCGCCAUAUUUCUUGCCUCUCAUCUGGAUCAUUUUGGGUCAGCAAUCAGUUUGGCAAAAUAUUCCUUAUUGACAAUGACGGAAAUGAAUUGGAGGAGAAAAAAAUUAAUGCACUUGAGGGGUACGGAAUUCAUACAGUAAGAGAAGAUGACAUUUUAGUAUUUGUAGAUGUGACAACCAAAACUGUAGGAGAACUGAAUCCAAAAGGAAGAACAAUAAGACGAAUUGCGUUCAACGCAAACGACUGGACGCCAUGUUGCAUAUUUUACUCUCAAAUAAGUAAAGAUUUUUUGAUAGGGGAGAAAUUAAACGAGGAAGCCAGAAUUUCCCGUUACACGAUAAAAGAAUGGGAAAUUCGGAAAAUCCCAUCAGACAGUGACAGUAAGAGGCAACCCAUCUUUCACGAUCCUCGAUAUAUUACGGAGAGAGGCAAUGGGGAUAUCUGUGUUUCUGACUGGAGUUCUCCAGUUACAGGAGCAUUGGUAGUGGUUAAGAAAAAUGGGAAAAGGCGAUUUUCUUAUACUGGAACUUCACAGGCGUUGUUUUGUCCAGGGGGAAUUUCCUGUGACAGAAACGGUAACAUUUUGGUUAUGGACGGUGCUGAACGUCGUGUUCAUUUACUGAAUAGAAAAGGGCUGUUUCUCGCUUACCUUAUUACGCUUGCACCUUCAGGGAACUUAAAUUGUCAGGGGUUGUGUUUAGACUCAGAAAAUCAUAUUUUCUGUGGAUAUCUGAACAGAGUGCUUGUGUUCAACUUGGAAUAUUAA